CCUUCUUCAAGAGAAUAUCCAAGGUCAGCUGGUACAACGGUGUGGUGUUACGGUGACACUCAUCGAUCGCUUCUUGGCAAACCACAGUAGUAUCCCAGUGACAGACCAUUCUCAAGCGUCCCUCGGGCGUGCACGCCCGCCGUGAGGAUAAUAUCGUUCAUCCGCUACGAUCCAUCAUGUCGUGGACAACGUUACUCGCGGGCCUUGUUCUAUUGUCGACGAUACCAUCUGGUAUUCCCAGUGCCAUCAGUAAUACAGAACAAGGCCGAUGGAAGCGCAGUAUCGACUUGAACGACGUUUACUACUCGAAGAUGCGUCAGUACAGAUUACCAAGUGAUAUCACGCCGGUGAGUUACCACGUGGAGAUUGCACCCCUUAUUGAGAAGGACCGGUUCAACGGUCGCGUCAAGAUCAAUCUCACUUGCAUCGACAUGACCGAUCACAUUAUUCUGAACGUCCAUCAGGAUCUUCAGAUUUCUACAGUCAACAUCAGGAUGGUACAUCUGACACCUGAGGAAGCAAAAAAUGGUCCACCGAUGGACGUAAACAUUGCAAGGACUGAACGACAAUAUACGAAAUCUUGGUUCAUAAUACAUCUGCAGCAAAUGUUGUCUAAUGGAAGCGCUUGCGAGGUCGACAUUGCAUACUCUGGCAAUCUUACGACCAACGAAACUACUGGUCUGUACAAGAGCGCGUACAUGGAUUCUGAAGGCCGAAAACACACCUUCAUCGCCACUUACUUGCAUUUGGACAACGCAGAAAAAAUGUUUCCUUGUAUGAAUGAACCGCCCUAUAAAGCAACCUUCAAACUGACUGUAAUAUAUCCUAAAGGGUUAAAAGCGCUCACGAAUAUGCCUUCGAUUGAGCGCAUUGAAUCAUCCGGCACAAUCCGGGAAGAAUUCGAGGAAACUCCACGGAUAUCGACGAACCAACUGGCCCUUGUGAUAUCAGAUCUGCACUCUAUUGGACCCGAACAGGAAGUCGAUGGGAUAAACAGGAAGAGCCUGCAAGUAACGGUCUGGAGUCGCGAAGAAUUCAUGGAGUCGCUGAUCACUGUUCCCAGCAAGAUUGUAAAGAUCAUUAACUACUUGCAAACAUACUUCAACAGUUCCCUGGGCUUGCCUAAACUGGACGUGAUGGCGAUCCCCAUGUACAGAGCUACGAAAGCUUCCGAUAAUUGGGGCCUUAUGUUUUUCAAAGAAAGCGAACUCAGCAGUUCUCUAUAUUGGACCACCACCUAUGAACUUCUCUAUCAGUGGAUCGGUCAGUCCAUAACUCCGUAUCGCCGAAAUGACGCGCCGGUUAAUAAAGCUCUCAAUUCCUUUUUGGCAUCUAUGGCAACACUCGACCUCAAUCCGGACGAAAUGGAAGGUAAAUGGCCAAUGACAAUGUUGUAUCCUCUUUAUUACGAAUUUGCGCAGCCGGCACCUUUCUCCAGAGUGGCUGGUAUUAGACACGAAGCAACGUGGACAAAAGCCGAAUUGGUUUUCCGGAUGUUUAAUUACACCCUCGGUCGUGAGCAAUUCCAAAGGAGCGUGAGACACUUCUUCCAUGAGCAGUCGAAAGAGAAUCGCAGGACUUUCUUCGCUAAUGACAUAUUCACUUAUCUGAACGAUGUCGCGACCGACACGAAUAAUUUACCACCAGGUUUAACCAUCAACGGCAUUGCCGCGUCGUGGAUCAACCGAGACAGAGUGCCGUUGGUCACGGUCAUACGUGAUUACGAAAGUGGAAAAAUUUAUCUCAGUCAGAAAGUUUAUCUGAGAGACCUAUCGUCAGAUCCUAUAGUAAAACCGUACCAGUGGGAUAUCCCGAUCGUGAUGCAGGCUCAAGAUAAAUUGAAUUUCUCUAAUAGCACACCGGCUGUAUGGUUGAUGAAGAGAAACAUGCCGAGAAAUUUCAGUAUUCCGGAUAUCACCGACGAGAGUCACUUUAUCAUUGUCAAUCCUGAAGAAAUAGGAAUGUUUCCGGUAAACUACGACCCUUGCAAUUGGAAGAUGUUGUCGCAAUUUCUGCAAGGGCCAGACCGUGAAAAAAUACCUCCGUUAACGCGAGCGAAGCUUCUACAUGACGCGUGGAAUCUGGCAUAUGCCGGUGAGUUGUGCUUCGGCGUCGCUAUGAACAUGACUCUCUUCCUCAAACAGGAGAAGAGCCAUGUAGUUUGGGAGCCGGUGUUUACGAUGAUCCAUCACAUCAGUCGACGAAUCGAAGGUUUGGACGUCUAUCCGAAAUUCGAGGCUUAUAUUCGGAGCUUAGUGAUGCCUCUUUAUCUGGAACUUGGCGAGACACCACACCCUUACGAACCCUCGUGGAAAACUCACAUGCGCGGUCUGAUGAAGAAUUUCCUUUGCCGUUGCGGAUACGAGCCUUGCGUCAAGGAAGCUAGAGAUCAGUUUAAAAAGUGGUUGACCGACGAGGAGCCAGACAAAGGAAAUCCGGUCGCUAAUAAGUUCCUCUGUCCAGUAUUCAAAUGGGGUACUGACAAAGAAUGGGAGUUUGGAUUACAGCGUGUCAUCAAUUUCCCCAAGACCAGCUUGGCAAGGAAACAGAACGAGCGCACUUUUCUCCUCAAGACUCUUGCUGGAUGUCCGAAGGAUGCAAACAGGAUCGAGAGGUUACUGCAAGUGUCCGUGUUGGAUCAAAACGAGAAUUUCACCGACGCAGACAUCCACCUGAUCCUCAGCAUGCUGACUGGCAGCGCGCCCGGUUAUAAAACUCUAUUUAACUUUUUACUCGAACAUUGGUCUACUGUAAAAGAGCGAUUCAGCAACAAAACCUACAGCUGGGAUGCCAUCGUCAGCUUUGCCACAUCAUCAUUCAACACACAGGAGGGCUAUGCCAUGGUUAAUCAGUUUUAUUUGGAUCAUAUCAAUGACUUUGAAUCAGCAGCAGCCCUCAUCAAAAAAUCGCUCGAGAUUAUCAAAGAAGAGACCCGAUGGAACGAGGCGAAUGUACCUGUGAUCGAUGGCUGGCUCAAGGAAAACCUGUCCAAGGAAGACUUGGACGCAAUCACAUCUACCUCUGCUCCUUCCACGGCUACCGUAACCACGAAUACGGAAGUAACAUGGUUGACAAUUUUACGUGACGUAAAUGACAGCAAGCGUGAACAAAUUGCGUGAGCAGGAUUUCAUGGUGAUCUACAAUCAACUUAAGCGCAAAGUUGAAUUUUAGAAAGCUCGUCGUGCCUCUGAAUGAGAAUCAGUACAUAGCAAAACAAUGAGAAUAAACAUUAUACUCUUUAUAGACAUAGUAAAUCUAAAACUACGUCAUUCUUGAUAAUGUAACGUUAUAUUGUAUUUAUUUUUAUUUUUGUAAACCUGCAAGUAAAAAAUACCCAUUAUAUACUCGUAAUGUAUUUAUUUUUAUCAAUCUACAAUAUACAAGAUGUACAAGC